AUGAAACAUCUUUCGGCCGAGAAUACGAAGAAAGUUUUCUAUACGCUUAAAAAUUUAAGUGAUACUCGUUGGUCAUGUCGCGCAGAUGCUGUUAAAGCUCUUGUUCACGGAUACAAAUCGAUUCUCAAUGCAUUAACCGAAAUUUGUAAUGAUGCUGGACAAAAAGACAUCGUGAAAUGUCAAGCUCGCAGCCUUUAUCAAAAUAUGUCUCGAUUAGAAACAUCAAUUUAUACUCAAUUUUGGCAUGAAAUACUCGAAGGAUUUGGUUCUACAAUCCGUUAUUUACAAAAUUCCACCAUGAUUUUGAGUACAGCUUUGAAUCUGCUCAAAUCUUUGACUUCGUUUGUUGAAUCUAAAAGAGACGCAUUUGAUUCAUAUGAAACUGCAGGAAAAGAAUUAUCUGAUGUACAAGAAUAUCAGAAUUCACGUGUUCGAUCACUUAAUGUACCACUGAAACCAAUCGAUUAUGGAAAAGCGUCUGCGGUACAAUUAUCACCGAAAGAAAAAUUUCGUACAGAAUCUUUCCUCCCUGUUAUCGAUCGACUUAUUGUAUCUUUAAGGGAACGAAUGUCUGCAUACCAAGUUGCUAAUGAACGAUUUGGUUUUUUUGCUGAGAUUAGCACAAUGAAGAAUUCUGAGUUGACACUUGCAGCCAAGAAACUUGUCCAUUUUUUAUCCUCAAGAUUUGGAAGUUGA